AUGGAAAGACUCUUAGACCGAAGAUUAAAUCCUCUCGAAGAUCGCCUAUUCCAAGUCGAAGCGAGAGAGCAACGUAAAGGACCUCUUGAAGUAGUCCAACUUAGACGGAAGAGACCAAACCAACAACGGGAAAGACAAAGAGCUCAAGAUGAUGAUGUAAAUGAUCCUAGUGAUCUUGAAAGUGAUCAAGAGUCGAAUGCAAGUAAUCGCCGGAGGGAACCACGACAUCAACAUCGGAGACGUGAAGAUGAUGAUCUUAAGAACAUCAAGCUUUCAAUACCACCGUUCCAAGGUAGAUCAGAUCCGAAAGCCUAUCUUGAGUGGGAAAAGAAGAUCGAGUUGGUGUUUGAUUGUCACAACUACUCUGAAAACAAAAAGGUGAAAUUAGCAGCAAUCGAAUUCUCAGAUUACGCCAUGAUCUGGUGGGAUCAACUAACUACUAGUCGAAGACGCAACGGAGAACGACCAAUCUUUACAUGGACUGAGAUGAAGGCAGUUCUUAGGCGACGAUUUAUCCCUUCUUACUAUCAUCGGGAGUUGCACCAAAAACUUCAAACUCUUACACAAGGGUCCAAAAGCGUCGAAGAUUGCUACAAGGAAAUGGAAAUUGUGAUGAUUCAGGCAGAUGUCCAAGAGGAUUCUGAAGCAACAAUGGCGCGAUUUCUAGCCGGAUUAAAUCGAGACAUAGCAAAUGUUGUAGAGCUUCAACACUACUUUGAAGUGGUGGACAUGGUUCAUAUGGCCAUCAAGGUAGAAAAGCAACUCAAGCGUGCAGGGAUCGGGGCUGUGUUGACCCAAGACGGAAGACCGGUGGCGUACUUCAGUGAGAAAUUAAGUGGCGCUUCCCUCAAUUAUCCAGUGUACGACAAAGAGAUGUAUGCCUUGAUUCGAUCACUUGAAACUUGGCAGCACUAUCUGAGACCGAAGGAGUUCGUGAUUCAUUCCGAUCACGAAGAACUUAAGUUUAUUAAAGGUCAGCAUAAACUCAACAAACGACAUGCAAAAUGGGUCGAGUAUUUAGAAUCAUUUCCCUACGUCAUCAAAUACAAGAAAGGUAAAGAAAAUGUAGUGGCUGAUGCCUUGUCACGGAGAUAUACCUUAUUGACCACUCUUGAUUCUAAGUUACUUGGUUUUUAUCAUAUGAAAGAGUUGUAUGCUAAUGAUGAGGAUUUUGGAAAUAUAUAUGCUGCUUGUGAAAUUGGGUCUUUUGAGAAAUUUUUCAGGUACGAAGGGUUUCUUUUUAAAGAAAAUAGGUUGUGUAUACCACAAGGCUCCAUUCGAGAGUUACUUGUGUUGGAGGCGCAUAGUGGUGGCCUGAUGGGAUACUUUGGAAUAAGCAAGUGA